CUUAAUAUGCGACGUUUGCAAUACUUAAUAUUACAAAAUGUUUUUAUAUUUUAUUGUAUUUGCACGUAUACUGACAUUCCACUUCGCUCAUCGAGCGCACUCUACAGACACGGAUGUUCCGUCCGAGUUACUACUUAUCCCUCACUUAUGUCCACUUGUCUCGGAAUAAAACGAGAAAAUGGCUUUGGCAGCAAGCAUCGGGAGACAGUUAUCGAAUCAAUUGUUCAAGCAUAAAGCGUGCUUAUACACUGGAGUAAAAUGCUACGCAACCGAUAAGAGUCGAAUACCAUGGAAUCACCUUUGGAUUCCGGAAGAAUAUAACAAGGAGAAUCAUGCUAAGCAUGCUGAAAAAUAUCAUAUGCAUCCUGAUGAUUAUAAACCGUAUGAUCCCUUCGAGAAGGCCACGGGUGAUUAUCCAGCCCUACCAAUGAUAGGACCAGAGGCCAAAGAUCCAUACUAUCCAUAUGAUAUUCCUAUAUAUAAAAAAAAUUACCAUGAACCGUUACAUGAUGAAUUCUUUAAAAUGAGUGAGGAUCGUUACAGUUACGGUCGUAAAUUUUACAUCGAGCCAGAUCGCGCAUUUCUACUCUAUAUUGUAUUUGUGUCUAUUAUUGGUGUAAUUCUAUACUUAGCAUCUCCUUAUCCUGUCGUGUUCCUACCAAAUUCGGAAAGGCAAUAUCCAUACAAAGGUAAAACACAUUACACGUUUGAGCCAGUGGAAUGAAUAUGACUAGGAUGAAUAAGCUAAGAUAGAUGCAGCAGAUUUAUGUUACAAGCUAGGAAAGCAAGGCAGUUUCCGAUAUAAUGUUGUAUGAUAUUGUAGUAUAUGAAUAUAUAGUAAUUAUUACAACA